CGAUCGGAAGGGGGAAAAGAAAGAGAUGGAACGUGAGAUUGUUUAUGAUGUUGUGGUGUUUGAUGAGGGGAGUGAGGUUGGGAAGUUAGUUGGGGAGGGUCUGAGGAAGGAGAAAGGGUUGAAUUGGACUGUUACUCGGGUGAGCAGUGAGGAAGUUGGGAUGAGUGAAGAAAAUUCGUCUUCUGUGCUUGAGAUACGUUCGAUCGAAGCAGAGAAGAUUUCCGCAUUGGUAAAGAAGACAAAAGUGGCAAUCAGUCUUCUCGAACAGAAUUCUGGCGCAGAAUCGGUACUAGAAACUUGUGCGAAGAAUGGAGUUCAUUGUGUUACACCAUCAUAUAAAACUCCCUGGCUAGCGGAUAUCAUCAGAAAGUAUCAUGAUAUUGCGCAAGAAAAUCGAACCAUGAUCAUCGUUGGGCUUGGAGCUGAAACUGCACCUCAGGACCUCCUCGCAUAUAUCUCUGCUACAGAACUGAGGAGGAAGUUGCAGAUUGAUACAAGAGAAGUAGUUUUUUCACAACCCGAAACGAAAAGUUCUCGGUAUCCAAGGACCGAGAAACGUGCAACACGCCUGGACCCAUGGAGUCUCUCACCAGUUCGUGGCAACUUCGUCUCAGAGAGAACGAAUGCCUUCGGAGCCCGCAAGGACUUGACACUUGGUCAUCUCUCAACUUCAAAGAACCACUAUGCACAGGCAAUCGUGCACAGAAGCUGGGGCUUGCUAGACCCAAGGACCGAAAGCGUCUAUGGACCAAAUUUCUGCUUCAAUGAGUUUGUUGAGAGAAACAGCUCAACGGCUACUUUGAAAAGAAAACUCUUUGGGACGUGCUGUGUGCCACGAGAAUCGAUUAUAUGUGGCAAUGAUAGGACGGGAAGCGGGUUAUCAUUGGGAGCAGUCGCUAUCGCACAUCAAGAAGGUCCAUAUCCUGAUAGAGCAUUAUCAGAGCUCAAGUGCGCCGGUACGACAGAGAAUCUCACGGCUGUCCUACUCGUACAAGGCGCCAUCACAAUCUUGAACGGGCCCAAAGCCAAGGAGAUUGUAGGAGAUGGAAUCGUGACUCCUGCUAUGUUGGGUUUUCCUUUGAUAUCACAAUUGAAAGAAGCAGGACUCGAAAUCGAGAGCAUGUUGGUCUGA